UAUUUUUUUUUUAGGUAUAUGGCCGAAUACGAUAGAGUUUUACAAUCGCCGGCUGGAAGAAACGCGUUAGCAAAAUACAGCGGUCUCAUGCGACAGUUAACAGAGUGGACCGGAAAGAACAUAACUACGCCAUUGAACAUGUACUAUCUCUAUCAUACGCUAAUGGCUGAACGUUCUCUCGGUCUCGCUUUACCAAAAUGGACGGAGGGCAUAUUUCCUUAUGGCAGACUGUGGAACGCAACUGUAUUCGCCUACGACAUUGCCAAUUCCACGCCUUUGCUGAGAAGGCUCUACUCAGGACCCUAUCUUCGACUGGUCACGAAGACUAUGCUAAACUACAUAACCGGAACGUUAAACGAUCCACGAAAGAUAUACCUAUACAGUGGCCACGAAACCAACAUCGCCGCCGUCUUGCAUGGUCUUCAGGUCUAUCGUCCUCAUGUCCCUGAAUACUCUAGUGCUGUGAUAUUAGAACUCCACCAAACGAACGACAACUACUAUGUCAAACUCGCUCACUAUUUGGGCAUCCCGUCGAAAAUAGAGGAACUCACACUGCCCGGUUGCGACGCCAUGUGUCCACUGGCCAAGUAUUUGCAAUUAACCGAGGAAGUCAUGCCGUCUAAGGAGGAAUUGAUUUGCGACAAGAGGGACACGGAAGAUUACGCCAAUGUGAAAUCUGACGAGGAAGUAGAUUGGGCGAAGUAUAACUUGAUAAGGACAGCGAGAGCCUUUAACAUUCAAUAAUAAAAUUGAACUAACUGAAUAAACGUUCAUUUCGUCGAACCAAAGAAGUCCUUGAUACGUUGACCAUCACGUCACUUAUAUACAGGAUGUCCCAAAAAUGUUGAAGGUCCUUGAAAGGACUGAUUCGGGAGGUGAUUUGAAACAACUUUUUCCUUUGCGAAAAUGUUGUCCGAUGCCUUGUUAAGGAGAUAUUAAGAGAAAACCCUGGACCAAUCAGAGCGCGAGGAUGGUAGUGGAGCGCCCGCGAUAGGUGUAAGCUACGCGCUAGGCGUAAGCUCCGCGCUAGGCGACCGCCUUCCACUGGCAUCCUCGCGCUCCGAUUGGUCCGGGGUUUUCUCUUAAUAUCUCCACAACGAAGCUUCGUACAACAUUUUCGCUAAGGAAAAAGUUGUUCCAAAUCACCUCCCGAACCACCCCGUUCAAAAACCUCCAACAUUUUUUGGACACCCUGUAUAGGUGACAGACAUUAGAAUUCAACACAAUUUAUUUUGAAGAUGAGGUGUUGAAAUAAAUAAAUCUGGAUAAGAUCCGUGAAUUUUGAUAACGUCUCAAUAAUAAGUACUAUGACAAAUUUUGAUUAUACAAAUUCCAAUUAUCUCAAAAUUAAAUUUUAGUUUCAUACAAAUAUUCCUGAAAGUUAAUGUGAUAGCCAACGUGUUAAUUUAAAUCAAUAUUCCUGAUUGCAUGUUAGUAGUUUUACAGAGCAUUAGACGUGAGGAAUGGCGUUCGUGUUUCAGUAUUUAUUUAUCAAAUUUUAUGUAUAGAGACGUACGUGAAUUAAUUUUCCUACGUAAAUUGGCACACUUCGACGUAACACGAUUAUUUAUAUUUCUUCAUUGUCUCUUUAAUAGAGAAAUGGAAAUGUGCAUUUAUGUAAUUAUGCAUGUAAUUAUGUAUAAUUGUAAUAUUUAGAAUUUAAAUUGUUAAGGACGCGUUGAAUAAUGAUUGUUUUGUACUUACUGGCCCGCAGUACUUAACGUGUUGUUGAUUCAAUCGUUUAUUUAUUUUCUAACCACAAACAGUGACUAACAUAUUCUUAAUCGAAGAACUCAAAGCUACCUCUACUUUAAAACUAUGUAUACCUACUAUUUGUAUAUGUGAAAUAAAUUUAUAUAAAUUAAUUACAA